AACACUGAAUGACAUUCCUGUGUUUGCCCAGUGUGCCCACACAUGUAUUGUGGGAAGUGAAUUAAAUUUUUACUUUUUUACAGUAUUUUUUAAACAAAAGUGCUAUAAUUAAUUAUCAAAAUGGUGAUGUACAAUUUUAAAAAGGUCGCUGUUGUGCCAACAGCAAAAGAUUUUAUUGAUAUUAUAUUAUCAAAAACACAACGAAAAACACCAACAGUAAUUCACAAGAAUUAUAAAAUCUCUCGUAUUCGUGCAUUUUAUACAAGAAAAGUAAAAUUCACUCAACAAAAUUUUCACGAUCGACUUUCACAAAUUGUUCAGGAGUUUCCGAAAUUAGAUGAGGUUCAUCCUUUUUAUGCGGAUUUAAUGAAUGUUUUGUAUGAUAAGGAUCAUUAUAAAUUGGCUCUUGGACAAAUGAAUACAGCAAGACAUUUAGUUGAUAACGUUGCAAAAGAUUAUGUUCGUCUUUUAAAGUAUGGUGACUCUUUGUAUCGAUGCAAACAAUUAAAAAAAGCAGCACUUGGACGAAUGGCCACAAUUAUGAAAAAACAAGCCAACAAUUUAACUUAUUUAGAGCAAGUUAGACAACAUUUGGCUCGAUUACCAAGCAUAGAUCCUUUUACUCGAACGAUUAUAAUCUGUGGUUUUCCAAAUGUUGGAAAAAGUAGCUUUAUAAAUAAGAUAACUCGAGCUGAUGUUGAAGUUCAACCAUAUGCAUUUACAACAAAAUCGUUGUAUGUAGGACACACAGAUUAUAAAUAUUUGCGUUGGCAAGUUAUAGACACACCUGGAAUUUUGGAUCAUCCUGUGGAAGAGAGAAAUGUUAUUGAAAUGCAAGCAGUAGCAGCUCUUGCUCAUUUACGUGCUGCCGUUCUCUAUUUUUUCGAUAUUUCUGAGCAAUGUGGCCAUUCACUGGAUGAACAGAUGAAACUCUUCAAUUCAAUAAAGGUGUUUUUUACAAAUAAACCACUCGUGUGUGUUGUAAAUAAAGUAGACGUCUUACGUCUAGAUGAUUUGUCUGAGGAAAAAAGAGCUAUUGUAAAAGAGCUUGAAGAGGACGAGAAUAUUCCGUUCAUUGAAAUGAGUACCGUGUCAGAUUUUGGCGUAAUGGAAGUUAAAACUGAAGCCUGUGAACGACUUUUGGCCUAUCGUGUCGAUCAAAAAAUUAAAACUAAAAAGGUUGAAGGCCUGUUGAAUCGUUUACACGUUACUCAACCAGUGCCAAGAGAUAAUAAAGUUCGUGCUCCUUGUAUACCUGAGUCUGUUCUUAAAAAGAAGCAAGAGGCCGCUGCUAAAGCAGAAAGAAAACGAAAAUUGGAACGCGAAAUUGAAGAAGAAAUGGGCGAUGAUUAUGUACUCGAUCUUAAGAAAAAUUAUGACAUCGAGGGAGAUCAGAAGUUCGAUAUCAUUCCUGAAAUGUGGGAGGGUCACAAUAUUGCAGACUACAUUGAUCCUGAUAUUUUCGAGAAAUUGAAUGAGAUUGAGAAAGAAGAGGACAUAAGAUUAGAAAGUGGUUUCUAUGAUCAUAAAGUUCCUGUAUUAAGUGAACAAAUGAAGGAAAUUUAUGAGCUGGCUAAACAAAUACGAGAGAAGCAAAUGGUUAUUAAAGACGAAUCGCGAAUUAAUAAGGCUUCAACGAAACCAGUUAUGCCUCGUACUGCUGCUGCUAAGGUUCGAGGUCGAUCUGUGACAAGAUUGAGAGAAGAACUUGGAGAACUUGGAGUCGACAUGGAAGACACAGAAGACGCUCACUUUACGAAAACGAAAAAGCGAUCGAGGUCAAUUUCAGAGCCUGAUGCUAAGCGUCGACGAGUUGAUGUUUCGGCAUCGAGAAAUCGCAGUGUUUCCAGAGCACCAAGAGAUGAAAUGGGCGUGAGGGAUGUUGUUAUGAAAACUAAACUUAAAAAUAUUGCUCACAAAGCGAUUUCCAAGAAGGUUAAAAAGAAGGGUCUUAAGGGUGAAGCUGAUCGUUUCAUUGGAAAUAAGAUGCCUAAGCAUCUUUUCGCUGGAAAGCGGGGUGUUGGAAAAACCGAUAGAAGAUAAAAAUAGAAAUUAUUUAUAUUUAAAUUGUAUUAAAUAUAUUGUUAUAUAUUUAAUUAAUGGGCAAAUCAAUGGAGUAUAUCAAUUUUCAGUGAUAUGAUUUUUUGUUUUCUUCUUAGAGGAAGAUAAAUUAUAAAAUUAAAUUAGAAUUAUUUUUUUCAAACUUCUUUGAAUUUUUUCUCUUUAUCGUGUUAACAAAUGAAAAAGAUUCAUUUUUAAUAAUUUUUUUAUAAUUCAUAUCACUCGACGAAAGUUAAAAAGAAAGGUUUUAAAUUUAAAGCUGAUAAAAAUAUAACAAUAUAUUUAAUUUAUAAACAUUUAUAUGAUUUAAUUUUGUUUUCAAUUGAGAAUAUCUCAUGUAGCUUAUGUAAAUAAAUAAUACUGUAUUAAUAAGUAAAAUUA